UCUCUGGAAGUUCCUCCGCAUUCCUGGCAUAUACCCACUCACACACACACAUACACAUAUAUACCAGCACAGACAGCUGGGAGGAACCACAUACUGAGGCUGGGAGUUCGGAGGGGUUGUGGGCCUGCUGUAGGACCAGGAACCAGAACCUCUUCAUCAACACUCCCUGCCAGUCUCAGCAUGAGUAAGGCAGGUGGUGAUGAAGGUGGUGGCGGCGGUGGCAGCAGCAGUGAAGCAGAUGAGCAGCCGGAGGGUAAGACUCCAGCGGGGGCGGCCCCGAGCAAACUGAGUGCUACCACUAUUGGACCGGGCUGGACCAAAGUUAGCUGCCCCUGCUGUGUAUCGGAGCGGGUCGAGCCGUUGGUUCUGGUGAAGCUCGGAGAAAAGGUUCGCCCUGAGACGAAAAGGUGGCUCAUCAGAGUGAUUGGAACUUCUCAGAAAGAUGGAGGUGCUGGAUUACUGACCCACCCGGGCGAGGACGCCACUGGGAACAUCCUUGUGCUCUCUGCCCCACGCUGUACGUUACUUAAAGCCACUGAAGAGUUGGGCCUAUGUAAGACUUACCGCAACGGGGAAAUGGAAGCCUUCUCCUACAACGACAGAGACAACUUUAAAGAUUCAGACAACAUGGAGGUGUUCCUGACCCUGGCGGAGCGGCAGUACAUAGUGAAGUAUGAGCUGGACGGUCUGAGGGCGCAGAGAGACCUGAGAAUACCGGGCCUGUCUGACGGAUACACACUGCAAAACCGUGACAACAUCUGGCCGAAGCUCGGGUCAGCUGGUGUUGUUGUGGACACGCUUCCACUCCACAACCCGGACAAACUGAAGGAUCUCAGUAAGGCCUGGUAUUCUGGGAAUCAGCUGGCUCAGCCUCUGGAUUCAGUCAAUGGUUAUUUUGGAAGCCCUGUGGCGUUCUACUUCAGCUUCCUUGAUUUCUACACCUGGUCUCUGCUCCCACCAGCGAUACUGGGCCUCACCAUCACAUACUUCUCAGGUGAGGUCCAGAAGGAGAUGGAGGAGUCCCUCUCUGCCUCACCGGUCACAAGUGAUGAGGACUCGGGACCGGCCGUCAGCGGUCACAUGAUCCAGGCGAUCUUCAGCAUGCUCUGGUCCACGGUGGUCAUGGAGCUGUGGAAGCGUCGGAGCUCCUCCCUCUCCUACCGCUGGGGGACCAUGCACCUCGCAGAGCGCUUCGCAGAACCCCGACCCGGCUUCCACGGCAGCCUCGGGGUCAACCCUGUGACAGGUCGCAUGGAGCCGCUCUUUCCUGAAUGGCAGAGGGAACUGCGUAUGGCCGUGGUGUCAGUCCCAGUGGUGGGGCUCUUUCUAGGGUUGGUGAUUCUGGGUAUGCUGUGCUUCUACUGGGGGGAGGCCCAGGUUCAACAGCUACACGGAGACUGGGACUCCCUGCUGUCUCAGACUCUGCUCUACGUGCCCUCGGUGCUUCACAUCCUCUACACGAAUGUGCUGGCAACCGUUUACAGGACGGUGGCAAAAUCUUUGACUGAAUACGAGAACCACAGAGAGGAGUCCUCCUUCGAGAACCAUCUGACAGCUAAAGUCUUGGUGUUCACCUUCUUCAACUGCUUUGCAGUGCUCUUCCACAUUGCCUUCUUCAAGCAGGACGUGCCUUUGCUCCGCAAGCGUCUGGCGUCUUUGCUGAUAAUUACCCAGCUGUUGAACCAGGUGACAGAGGUGGUCAUACCCUUCCUGGUGGACCGGUUCAUCAGCGCCCCCCACAGGACAGAGAGUGAAGACGACCCACAGGAGGACAAGUUUAGGAACCAAAGCACCCUGCCUGCUUUCCCUGGCUUGUUUGCAGAGUACAUCGAGCUCCUGGUGCAGUUUGGGUAUCUGAGUCUUUUCUCCUGCGUGUUUCCUCUGACGGCCGUACUGCUGCUCAUCAAUAACCUAACGGAGAUCCGAACGGACGCCUACAAGAUCUGCAAUCUCUUCCGGAAACCCUUCUCCCCACCUGUGGCUAGCAUGGGCGUGUGGCGGAUUGCUUUCGAGGUCCUGAGUUUCGUCUCCGUCGUGUCCAACUGCUGGCUGCUGCUGCUGUCACCAUGGUUGCAAAAUCUGUGUCAAGAGGGCGGAUUGAGCAGCACAAACAUUCUGCUGUUGGCUGUGUUGGUGGAGCACGUGCUGAUCUUGGUUAAGGUGGUUUUGGCGGUACUGAUACCCGAUGAACCGGACUGGGUCCGGAAGAAGAAGGAGCAUAUAGAGUUCACAUCCAUGCAGGCCUUGAGAGAGCAGAAACUACAUUCUGAAUGAAGUCUUGAUUUCGUUCCAAAGCGUUGAGGUGUUGCUUUACGCUGCUGUGUGCUCAGCUGCUACAACUAGAAGAUAGUACCAUCCUCAGUGUUGUGUGGACCCACAGAGGAGAAGAGUCUCCGGCAGGGCCCACAAUGCAUUCUGCUGUGCCCCGAACACUGCCCCUGUACACUUUAGUAUUUCUGCUGCUCUCACUAGUUAUGGUGCUUCCGCGAUGUACAUUUGCAUUUGAAAUGCAUACUCAUAUUACAUGUACACUGCAAGUGCAAUUGAAACAGCAGCUAAAAAGUAAUUUUUUUUAUUAGAUUGCAAAUGGAAUGUAUUGAUUAUGUGUGCCCUUUAAAAAAAGACUUUGUUAUGAUAACAGAGGUUUUGACGGGCACUAUGAGGGCACCCUGGGAUGUAUGUUAAAUCACCUUGGCUACAGUAUGUAGUCAUUAGUUGCAGUAGUAAAGGACACACAGGACAGAGUAUUUGAUGUAAUGCUCAGGGUCAAAGGCAGACAGAAUACUUGACUAAGCUAUCCAUUUUUUUGUCUGGAGUAGGACUCUUUUAAGGAGUGUUUUUGCUCCGAUCACCUAGUGAUAAGCCGUGGUUAGUGUUCGGGAUUCAUAAUAUGCGGACAGUCUCAUCACUGUAGUGAUUAUAAGAUAAGAUAAAGAGAUAUAACUUCAUGUAUGUGCAUCAGUUGCAAUACAAAGUGGGAAAAGUGAAAAUAUUAUGAGUGCAAAUUUAAAACCCUGUAAGUCUUUAAGACAAAAAGCAACAUAUAAAUGUCUUUAAAGCUGCUUUACAUGUUGCCUAUUCAACAAUCAGAGCAUUAAUAAAGCUGCAAAUAGCUAUUUGCUAUCCAACAUAUUGGUGCAGUAAUGACCUGAGCAGAUAAUGAAAUCAUUUCCCCUGUGUUUGCUGUAAUCUAAACUUCUCAUUGCUUCUUGACAUAGUCAGGUCGCCAUGCUUGCAUGUCAGCUUAUAGCGUAACGCCCACCUCCGGUUCACCCUCAGGUAACUACUGUUAACUCCUUCAGCGCUGUUAAGGUUGUUUGCACUGUUAGAGCUGUAGGCACCUUUAAAUGCAAGCCGCCAGCGCCAUAUUUAGAGGCAAUAGAAAUGCUCUGAAUUCGGCGCUUAGCACCUUUAAUCAAUGUAUUUGUGAAAGGUUGGACUCAUAAUAAUGAAACCACAGAGAAUUAUUACCCUACAGUGCCAUCUUUAGGCUCAACAGAGCAUUACAGCAUCUCUAAUCUCAUUGUUAUGGUUUUCUGGCCCACAAUUUUGCUGUUUUGAUCAAAUCUCACUGUCCUCGUCAGGAAUAAAGAAAAGCUCUGAUAAAUCUUCUAUUGGCUAGCAAACAGCAGACAGACAAGGAUAGAGACUAGCUGGUGAACAUAAUGGAACGUUUAGCAGCUAAAGGGGAAAAUAUUUCCCUCAGGAGCUGGUGGAGACCAAAAACAGAGCUAAAAGGAGAGUGAAUAUUGGACAUUAGGUGGACAGAAACACAACUCAACAACAAUGCUGCAUUUACAGUUAGUUGUGCUGCCCCCAGGCAAACUUCAGAAAAUCAUACAUUUUGUCUAUGGUUCCAUCAAGUGGAGAAAUACCAGAUUGAAUUGUUGAAUUGAAUUCUUUAUUGACAGUGAAAAAGGUCAAACCCUUUAGAGGGAGGUAGAGACUUUCACAGUAGAGUAUUUUACACAUUUAUUUAUUAACGUUCUACUAUAAUGGUAUUACUAUCUGUUAUUGUGCUCAAUUCACUUUCUUGUCUGACUUGAUGUUGAAAACCUCGUAAGAAAUCAUGAAAAACACUUUGAGAUUUGUCUCUGGUUGAGCCGUUAGAAGAAAAUGUGGCACUUGUAGCCUUAAAUAAUCAGAGUAUGGUUGUAGGACCAUGGCACAUAUGUAACAUGAGAUGAAAACAGUAAACAAUGUACCAAGAUCUGAUUUGCAUUGAAAGUGAUGCUACCAAAGAACCGCUAUGUGCUUUGCUUUUAGAAAUGUAUAUAUUUUUAAUGUCUGGAUUUCAGUGUUUACUAACCUGCCCAUCUGUUGUGUGCCACUAAGAAUGACUGCUUGAGUUCACUGUGCUGCAACAGCUAAUUCACCUUAUAGUCUAUUACAUUACAUUCACACUUAUAGUGUUAUUUCACUGUUCACUGCUACAUUUGAAUUAAUAUAAUGAAUGUGCAGAUGAAUCCAGGGAAGAAUUCCACCAUUUCUUCCAUACUUGCUUGACAGUGGUGAAUUGUUUUUACUUAUAAAUUAUUGACUUGAAGAGUUAGUAUUCUUUCCGGCCACCAGGAGGCACUAUACACUUUCAAUGUAAUUCCACAUGCAGCUUUUCACAUCCCUGGUGGCUGUAGAAGGCCUGCCUCUGUAGAGAUGCAGAUGUAGAGGGGGGGUGAGACUUCCUCAUGCGUCAGUAAAUGUGCACUCUUGACACUAAUCAUAAACCUAGGAGUUUGUGUGCGUAUGUUCUGAAGGGUUGUGAUGAGGUUGUGAAGAUUAAAACUAUUACAUAACCUGGUCCCAGGAUCAGGAUUUCAGGUCAGAAACAGAGAUGGCAAUGUGGGCCGGUUAUCCUUCAAUAAACUCACAGAAAGAAACUGCAUGCUGUGUCUACUCUUUAAAGAAAUCAACAUCUCCCACACUCUUUACUCCAUUCAUUUGACAGCUGCAGUUAUUAGUUGAUUUUAUCACUUAGUCGAUCAUCAGACAAUCACCAGAUGUCUUUAUAAAGUCUAUAAAGAUAUAUUUUCCAACUGAGCUCUGACUAAAUAAAAACUCAAACGAGAUUAUUUUGUUCGGUGCAGGGUCUCGCCUCAGUUCAUGCUGUAACACUUGUUAUG